AUGAAUAAAUUUUUUAUUCUAAUAAUUGUGCUUUUUUUGACCUUUGCAAAAGGUCGAUUGGAAAUUAUCCUGGAAAGAUGUUUACCAAAAGCAGAUAUGGAAAAUAUUACAAUAAAAUGUGGACUUAAUGAAGUGAUUGCCAUACGUGAAGCAUUUUUCACUUCAUCAAUCAUUGAUCAUCAAUGUCCAUUUAUUGGUAAUGAUGUUGAUCAUGAUGAUGAUGAUGAUGGAACCUCGACAAAAACAAAAAUAAAAAAUGGUCAACAAAAACUUUCAUGUACCGAUGAUCUGCGUUUAACAUUGAAUUCAAAAUGUUCUGGCCAUCCAGCUUGUGUGGUAAACCUGCGUAAAAUACAUGCUAACCAAUGUUCCGGUUAUGAUGGAUGGAUCAAUCUGAAAUAUACUUGUGUUCCAGCAGCUAAAAUGAAUUCCUAUUGUAAUGUUCAAUUAACGGACAGUUUUGGUUAUGUAUCGAAUCCUGGUUAUCCAAAAUUCUAUCCACCAUAUGAUUGUAAAUGGAAAAUAAUUGGCUAUCCAGGACAACGUAUUGAGAUACAAAUACUGGAUCUAUCGUUGAAAGAACCAAGAUUUACGAGUAAUAAAAAAUUAUUGAAUAAUUAUGAAUGUACAGAUAAUUUAGCCAUCGUUGAUAUGAAUGUACGACGUAUGAUGUUAUGUGGUGAAACGAAAUCCAAUCUAAUUGAAUAUCGUAGUAAAACCAAUGAGCUAAUCAUUGAUUUUCAUAGUUUUGAAUUUUCACCAACACGUGGUAUAUUUUUCCGUUAUACAAUGAUUGAUUGUCCAACAUUGAAACCACCAUCGAAUGGCUAUAUGUAUCGUAAUCAAAGCUAUGCUUAUUAUAAUUGCUAUUUUGAUUAUGUUUUCGAAGAUAGUGGCCAAUCAUCGAAAAUAUUGUUCUGUGAAUAUGAAACAUAUUGGAAUGGUACCGUUACACGGUGUAUUGCAAAAGAAAAUACUACCAUCGAAUCAUCGAUCAAUAUUGAUGCUGAUGAUGAUAAUGAACCAAUGGUAAUGGAAAAAGCUUAUGCUUUAAGUCAUCGAAAAAUGGGAAUAAAAUCUUCUGACCAUCAAAAUGAUGAUGAUGAUGAUGGUCCAAUAAUUAUUGAGAAAAUUGAUAAUUUUCUAACAAAUCCAUUAACAUUCAUCAUCAUCGGAAUCAUUUCAUUGUGUAUCAUUUUCAUUAUAAUAGCAAUAAUAAUCCAUUCGAAUUAUCGAUAUGGUUCCACCGACAUAUCUAUUUGACCUCACACACUAAAACUCAUUUUUGUUCUCAAACUCGAAGAAUCGCUUUGUUGAAACGAAAUUUUGCCACCAAAAAAAUGCCAAAGAUGAUGAAAUUUUGGAACU